AUGUGCAGGCACGGAGAAGCUGCCGGCGCAGGCACGCUGAACUACCCCAGAGAGCAGCUGCCCACCAACGUCGUCCCGCGCCACUAUGAUCUGACCCUCGAGCCCAACUUCGAGACGCUCAAAUUCGACGGUCACGUCAAGAUCGACUUUGACGUUGCCGAAGACUCAAACACCGUUUCCCUGAAUACUCUCGACAUUGAGGUCAAGCAUGCCGCCUUGUCUCUGUCGGCCGAGGGUCAGCAAAAGAGCCUCAGCGACCCGGUCAUCACCUACGAUGAGUCCAAGCAGACCCACACCUUCGAGUUCAAGGACCGUCUCACAAAGGGCGCCAAGGGUACUCUCGAAAUCAAGUUCGUUGGUGAACUGAACGACAAGAUGGCUGGCUUCUACCGCUCAUACUACCCCAAGCCUGACGGCUCCAAGGGCAUUCUGGCUACCAGUCAGAUGGAGCCUACCGAUGCUCGUCGGGCAUUCCCCUGCUUUGACGAGCCUGCGCUCAAGGCAGAAUUUACCGUCACCCUUGUUGCCGACAAGAACCUGACGUGCCUGUCCAACAUGGACGUUGCCGAAGAGAAGGAGCUGCCCGCGGGAAAGAAGGCCGUUCGAUUCAACAAGUCUCCCGUCAUGUCGACCUAUCUCGUUGCCUUCAUCGUCGGAGAACUCAACUACAUUGAGAACAAUGACUUCCGGGUGCCUCUUCGCGUCUACGCGCCUCCCUCUGAGGAUAUUGAGCGAGGACGCUACGCGCUGGAGAUUGGUGUCAAGGCUUUGGAGUUUUACGAGAAGGCGUUCGGGCUCCCUUACCCCUUGCCGAAACUCGACCAAGUUGCCAUUCCCGACUUUGCCGCCGGAGCCAUGGAGAACUGGGGUCUCGUUACCUACCGUACUGUCGAGGUCCUUUUCGAUGACAAGACGAGCGGUGCCGCAGCCAAAGAGCGUGUCUCAACCGUCAUCACCCAUGAGAUUGCUCAUCAGUGGUUCGGAAAUAUCGUGUCUCCCGAUUGGUGGCACGCUUUGUGGCUGAACGAGGGAUUCGCCGAGUUUGCAUCUCGCUACUCUCUGAACGCGUUCUUCCCUGAGUGGAAGCUCAAGGAGUCUUUCGUCAGGGAGGAUCUCCAGGCGGCCCUUGGCCUCGAUGGCCUCAGGAGCAGCCACCCCAUUGAAGUUCCCGUCCAUAAGGCCGAGGAGAUUAAUGAAAUCUUUGACAGCAUCAGCUACGCCAAGGGCUCCUGCGUCGUUCACAUGAUUUCAGCCUUCCUGGGCGAGGAUGUGUUCAUGGAGGGCGUCCGGAAGUAUCUCAAGCGACACGCGUGGGGAAAUGCCACGACAAACGACCUGUGGCAAGCUCUCAGUGAAGCCAGCGGCAAGGAUGUCGGUUCCAUCAUGAACAUCUGGACCCAGAAUGUCGGUUACCCUGUCGUUUCUGUUACCGAGACGGGCAACUCGAUCAGCGUGGAGCAGCACCGUUUCCUAACUACCGGAGAUGUCAAGCCCGAGGAGGACAAGGUCCUCUAUCCCAUUUCUCUCAAUGUUCGCACCAAGGGCGGUGUUGACAAGGACUUGAUGCUCACGACCCGCGAUGCCAAGUUCGAGGUCGCGGACGCCGACUUCUUCAAGAUUAACGCCGACUCCACCGGAUUCUACCGCACAAAGUACGGCAUUGACAGACUUGAGAAGCUUGGCAAUGCUGCUGAGCUUCUCUCCGUCCAGGACAGAGUUGGCAUCGUGGCUGACACCAGUGCGCUCGCUACUUCGGGCUACCAGAAGACGUCCUCUUGCCUGGGUCUGUUCAAGGCUCUGAGCAACGCCGGCGAGGCAGAGUAUCUGGUUUGGGACCAGAUUCUCACUCGCCUUGGGUCCAUCAAGAUGGCAUGGAUCGAGGACGAGGAGGUUGUCGACAAGUUGACCGAAUUCCAGCGCGACAUUGUCAGCGGCAUGGCCCACAAGCUAGGUUGGAACUUUUCCACAGCUGACGGCCACGUCGAGCAACAGUACAAGGCCCUCAUGUUUGGUGCGGCCGGUAUGGCUGGCGACGAGAAGGUUCUUGCCGCGGCGCGGGACAUGUUUGAGAAGUUUGCGGCUGGAGACAAGACCGCCAUUCACCCGAACAUCAGAAGCUCCGCGUUCUCCAUCGUGCUGAAAUACGGUGGUGAGAAGGAGUACGAUGCCGUACUCAAGUACUACGAGACCGCUGAGACGAGCGACGAACGCAACAGCGCCCUGCGCACGUUGGGACAGGCUCGUGACCCUAAGCUUAGACAACGUACUUUGGAUAUGCUGCUAAGCGGCAAGAUCCGCGACCAGGAUGUUUACAUCCCCAUCGGUAGCCUGCGGUCUAGCAAGAGUGGCAUCGAGGCUCUGUUCGACUGGAUGCAGACGAGGUGGGACGAGAUCUACACCAAGUUCCCUGCUCAGUCUUCCAUGAUUGGUAGUAUCGUUAGCUACUGCACCAGUGGUCUUACGAAGCAAGAGCAGCUGGACCAAGUCGACAAGUUCUUUGCCGCAAAGGACAAGAAGGGUUACGUUCGAGCGCUGUCGCAGUCUACCGAUUCCAUCAAGGCCAAGAUUACAUGGACCGCCCGUGACACGGAGGAUUUGCGCAAGUUCUUGGGACCGUCCAACUGCUUCAUUCCCACCAUGGCAGCCCCUCGCCUAGCUUCCUCGUGGCAAGUCCGCGCCGAGGCCGGUGAGCCCUUCGCCGUGAUCCGCGUCCGCGACCUACAGGGCACCAUCCAGGCCGGCACCGACGCCUGGGGCCGCGAGAACAAGUCGCAGCCGGUCCGCGUGUCGGCGGAACUGUCCAUGGCUAGCCCUUUUGACGCCGCGUCUGCCUCAGACCGUGUCAGCGACGACACGGUGCAUUAUGGCUUGCUCGCCAAGGCCAUCCUCUCCAGUCUUGGGGGCAUCAACAAGAAGGCACAAUCGGCCGGCAAGCCCUCACAUAUUCGCCUUCGGGACGCAGUUGGUCAGAUCUGGGCCGAUCUGACCGGCCUCUCUCUCGAUGGACAGUAUGUCCCUGCCGAAGAGGGAAGCGUUGGCUUUUUGCGGGAUAGGCUCUCGCUGGUUCGGUUCAUGAACCUGAACGUCACGCUGCCGAAGGCGUCUCUCCUUGGGAGCGCUAUCAGUCUGUCAGCGUCCGCCGUCCUCAGUCCCCAAGGGGGCCCGUCACCGAUCGUUGUACGCAGCUCUUGCCUUCGCCUUCACGAUCUGCGGGUGCCCACUCUCAUUGGUGUAAACGACAAUGAGAGACUCGCAAGGCAGAUUCUUGCGGCGGACAUGGAGAUUGAGCAGUUUGACGUGUCCGAAGACGUGUACGUCGGCAUUGAGUCUAUUGUUGUAAAGACGCUAUCAGACUCGUCCUUUGAGACUCUCGAGGCCCUUGGCCCCGCCAUCACACAGAGCAUCCGCAAGGAUAUCAAACACGUUGCCGCGUCCUCUGCCUCGCAGGCGCCGGACUGGGUUAUCAAAGUGGCGAUGGAAAAGCCGACGGCCAUUACAAUGGCCGAGGCCUCGCGCGUCGAGUACAGAGAGCUUGUCAGUGCCCGCACAUAG